AUGAAGAAUCUUGCGAGGCCUUCUUCUUCAGCUCAGGGCAAUAGGCGUAGCAUCCCUGAUGCAGUUUGGAAGGGCGUUUGGGCGUGUAAAGUCCAGCCGAAGAUUAGAAAUUUCUUGUGGAGGGCUUGCUCCAACGGCUUGGCUUCAGGGGAAGGUCUCUCUAGGAGAAACGUCCCUGUGGAUCCCCAUUGCAGUCGUUGUGGCAUGUUGGAAGACACGGAUCACAUUCUCCUUGAUUGCCCCUUCGCUCGAGCAGUAUGGUUUGCCUCAUCUCUUUCUUUCCACCCUCCAAUUGUGGAGCCUCAGAUCUCUAAAGCUAUUCAAGGCUGGAACUCCCUCAUCUCUUCUAACAAGCGUCUGGGUAAUGACACUUUUGGUCUCGCUGCUCAGAUUUGUUGGUCAUUGUGGAGGGCUCGAAAUGAUGUUCUUUUAGGUGGUAAGCACUUGAACCCUGUUGAGGUGAGUAGACAGGCAGAAGCUGAGUUCGAGGAGUUCAAAACUCUCUCCUCACAUCACUCUAGUUUCGUCCCUGCCACUGGAGUGCCCCUGCCUAUUCAGCAUUGGAAACCUCCCGCUCCUCUGGCCUUUAAGCUGAAUGUCAAUGCUUCUAUUACUGAGGACAAAGGAGGUGUGGGUCUUGCUCUUAGAGACUGCAAUGGUCUUCUGGUUUUUGCGGUGUCUGAGCCUAUUUCCAAAUACUCUAUUCUCCUGAGCGAGGCUUUAGCGGUGAGAACAGGGCUACUGUAG